AUGGACCGCAUCAUUCGGCCUGUCGCCCGCCAGUUAUUGAGACCCCGGCCGAGAUAUCCCUUCGCGAUUCCCCGAACAGCUCACGCACAGAGACUAUACAGCAUGAAACACAGCGCGCCGCAGUUGAGAGACCAGUCACUGUUCAUUGAGAAGGCGUACAUUAAUGGCGAGUGGGUCGAUGCUAAGUCCGGCGAGACCUUCGAAGUCCACGACCCAGCCACUGGCAAAUUGAUCGGAACAUGUCCCGAACUCGAUACAUCCGAUGUUGAGACGGCGAUUCAAGCCGCCUCGGAAGCGUUCCCCAAAUUCCGCACAACACUUGGCCGCGAGCGCGCGCGCAUGCUUCGCCGGUGGUACGAUUUGAUGAUGGAGAACGCGGAUGAUCCAGCUAAGCUGAUUACAUGGGAGAACGGAAAGCCAUUCGCGGACGCGAAGGGUGAGGUCAACUAUGCCGCCAGCUUCUUCGAGUGGUUCAGUGAGGAGGCACCUCGCACAUACGGAGACACAAUCCCCGCUUCCGUCCCCGGCAAUCGGGUCAUGACUAUUAAGCAGCCUGUUGGUGUGUGCGGGUUGAUUACGCCAUGGAACUUCCCCGCCGCGAUGAUUACGCGGAAGAUUGGCCCUGCCCUGGCGGCAGGCUGCACAGUCGUGGCCAAAUCUCCCCAAGAGACCCCCUUCACAGCGAACGCAAUCGCUGAACUUGCGCACCGCGCUGGAAUCCCUAAGGGUGUCGUCAACUUUGUUACCUCCGCGAAGAACACCCCUGCCGUAGGCGAGCUCAUUACUACCCACCCCGAGGUGCGUAAGGUGUCAUUCACCGGUUCUACUAAUGUCGGCCGCAUUCUUGGAAAACAGUCUGCAUCGACAAUCAAGAAGGUCUCUUGGGAACUCGGCGGUAAUGCACCUUUUAUCGUUUUCGAUGACGUCGAAGACCUCGACGCUGCUGUGACCGGGGCUAUCAACUCCAAGUUCCGCAGCUCUGGACAGACCUGCGUGUGCGCCAACCGGAUCUAUGUUCAAGACGGCGUGUAUAAGGAGUUCGCCGAGCGCUUUGUCCAGAAGGUCAAAGACUUUAAGCUCGGUGGUGGUUUCGAGGACGGAAUCACCCAUGGACCUGUCAUUCACGAGCGCGCCGCUAACAAGGCCCACGAGCAUGUGCAGGAUGCUAUUGGCAAGGGCGCCGAAAUUGUCAUCGGUGGCCAGAGGGCUACCGCGCUCGGACCUAACUUCUACCACCCUACUGUUCUUACCGGCAUGAGUAAGGAUAUGCUUCUCGCUUCCGAGGAGACCUUCGGCCCCGUUGCUGGUCUUUUCCCCUUCAAAACCGAGAAGGAGGUUGUUGACCUGGCUAACCAUGCUGAGGUUGGUCUUGCUGGCUACUUCUUCAGUGGUAAUGUUCGUCGCAUCUUCCGUGUUGCUGAGGCUCUGGAGGUCGGCAUGGUUGGUAUCAACACUGGUUUGAUUAGUGAUGUUGCGUCUCCAUUCGGCGGUGUCAAGCAGAGUGGCUUCGGCCGUGAGGGCAGCAAGUACGGUAUUGACGAGUUCAUGACUAUCAAGAGCAUAACUUUUGGCGGCAUGAGUCAACCUCUGCAGGAGUAA